UAUUUCGUUUUAUCUCUCCACUGAUCAUCCCAAAUUAAAAAAAAAAAAAAAAAAUCUUCAACCAUUCUCAUAGGACUUUGUAAUCCUUGUGCAUCUCGUGCUGGCAAGGUUUCUUCGUUCGCUUCCGCAUACUCUGUUGCUCCUUUCGACCUUCAUGAUGAAUAGUAGCAGCGGAGCAUACUACGAGAAUCUGAAUCUCGUCUUGUAGAAGAAGCAGAAGUCGACGGACAAGCAUUCCGCUUCGCCGUCGGACGUCGUCCACUGUUGUCAGCCCUGCUUGGUUGAUUCCGGCAAGUAUUGAAGAAGGGCUUCUCAGGAUGCUUGCACUGACAGACUCGCCUUUUUUUAUUAUUAAAACAUUUGAACCUGUUAAAAUUAUGACAAGUAUGCAAAGCACAGUUGUAUGUGCUGCAAAAGGUCCAAGACCAAGAUAUCCUCGAGUGUGGAAAACUAAAAGAAAAAUUGGGACAAUUUCCAAGGCUGCAAAGCUUGUUCAGAGAAUUAAAGAACUGUCAAAUGUCAAAGAGGAAGUUUAUGGUGCUCUUGAUUCCUUUAUUGCUUGGGAAUUAGAGUUCCCUCUUGUUACUGUAAAGAAGACACUUAAAACUCUUGAAGAACAACAAGAAUGGAAGCGUGUAAUACAGGUGACAAAAUGGAUGCUUAGCAAAGGUCAAGGAAGGACAAUGGGAAGCUAUUUCACAUUACUUAAUGCCUUAGCAGAAGAUGACAGAUUGGAUGAAGCUGAAGAACUUUGGACAAAGUUGUUAAUGCAACACAUGGAAAGCUUGCCUCGUAGGUUCUUUGAUAAAAUGAUAUCCAUCUACUAUAAGAGGGGCAUGCAGAAGAAGAUGUUUGAGAUAUUUGCUGACAUGGAGGAGCUUGGGAUCCAACCUCUUGUGUCGACUGUUAAAAUGGUUGGGAAUGUCUUUCAAGAGCUGGGUAUGCUGGAUAAAUAUCAGAAGUUGAACAAAAAAUAUCCGCCACCUACUUGGGAAUGUCGAUACAUCAAAGGAAAGCGUGUUAGAAUUAAAAUAAAUUAUCAAGGUGAGAAUAAUCGAAUCAAUGAAAACAUGGAUGAGCGCGAAGAUGAUGAACAAAAUGGAAAGAAAAGCAAGGAGGGACUUGAGCAGAGACCAGAUGAAAUUCAUGAUGAAUUCCCACAGGAUACCGAUGUAAUUUAUGACGAAACUGAACGAAUGUGAGAUGAUUUGUAUGAGCAAACGGAACCUGUUGAUGUACCAUGGGUGGAAGCUGAAGUAAGAUCAAAUGAAUCACUAUAAACUUGAACUUCUUUCAUUUUCA